ACUGCCAGCAGCUGAUUUUUCAUCAGAACGUCGGGGAAAUUGGGAAAUCGUCGGGAAAUCGGAACAGGAAUAAACAGGCUGGGAUCGCGUUCGGUUCGUCUGGCGCACGGAAAUCGAAAACAAAAACCACGCUGAACGUGAAUGGCGCAGCCAACUGGGACUCGCACAAUGCAGUAAAAACACAGAAUAAAGGCGAACCAAGGAAUAAUUCCGCGAUAAUCACAGCAAACGACUUGAAACCGCGUGUCUUUCGUUUCGCUUCUCCCGCCUUUUCGUUGCACUCCUCCUCCCACACUCUUCGCCCCGUGCAGCUGCGAGUGCGUGUGCGUGGGUGCUCGUACAACUUAAAUUAAAUUCAAUGAAUUCGGCAGGCCGUGCCACAGAAGCGCAGCCAAAAAACAAAAGUGAAUCUACCACGUGCGCCGCUCUCUCGCGUCUUUGAGUUCAGUCGUUGUAGUUGUAGCCGCCUUCGUUUUGUUUUGCUGACGUCUCGCUCUAACGGUUCCCUCCGCUCCGCGCGAUUUACCGUUGCCCAGCCGCCGAGCAACCGGCUUUGAACAUUUGGAUUAGGACUCAUUAACGGGACUCCCACACUAGGACGACAAAAUGGUGCAGGCACUCGACUACGAUUGUGAUGUGCAGGGCCAGGACAUCCCGCAGGCCAUCCAGCUGCUGGGCGAGAUGAACAGCAACGUGAAGCAGGUGACGGACUUGGUGGAGGGCAUGCUGCAGCGGGUCAAGAGAGGUGAACUGACCACGGAGUACGGCCUGAGCUUCCUGGAGGUCAAGUACCACAUGCUGCUCGACUACUUGAUCAAUCUCACCUAUGUGGUACUGCGCAAAUGCUCCGGCGAGACCAUCGAGGGCGAUCCCUCCAUCGAGCGCCUGAUCGAGAUUCGCACAGUGCUGGAGAAGAUUCGGCCCAUAGACCACAAGCUGCGCUACCAGAUCGACAAGCUGGUGAAGACAGCCACCACAGGCGUCUCGAGCAGCACAGAUCCCAUACUUUACAAGCCCAAUCCAGACGAUAUGAUGAGCAGUGCAGCCAAUAAUGGCGAUGAUGAUGUGGAAGGUGGCAGCGAUGAGGAUGACGAUGACGAGGAUGAGGAUGAGGAGGACGAUGAAGAUGAGGCCGGGGCUGCGAAAGUGCCCCGAAAGGCGGCCACAGCAGGCAAAUCCGGCGUGUACGUGCCGCCGCGCAUCAAACCCGUUUACUACGACGGCGAUGAACGCGAUGCAGACAAGGAGAAGAAGGCUCUGGACCGGGCCAAGAAGCGGGCCAUUACGUCUUCCAUGCUGCAGGACCUGAAAGAGGAAUACUUGGACGCUCCCACUGAGAUAUCAUCGGGUUCGAGGGCUCAGCAGCUGCUGUCGAAUGCUCAGAAGGAGAAGCAGGAGUACGAGGAGACCUAUUUGAUGCGUCUGCCGGUGACCAAGGCGGAGAAGCAUCGCCAGCGAAAACUGACCACGUUAGGCACACUUGGCGAUGAAAUCCUAGGAGAGAUUAGCCGAGAAUCAGCCCUGCGAGGCGACGGAAGCAAAAAGCGCAAACUGGCCAAGGGAAAGGGCAAGGGAAAGAAACGCGGCGGCAAAAAACGAAAGUUCCAUUAAUUGGAAGGAUAACAACCACUAAAUAAGUGACAACUUUUAGGUUAUAAAAAUAUGAAAAAGUUUUAAAGCAGAUAUAUUUUUUAUUGGUUUGAUAAGUUGAGUUUCCCAUUAUAUUUUAUCUUAGUUGAAUUAAAGCUUUUUAUAUAUUUUUGAGUCUUCAAAAUGUAUUUUUCAUUGUGUAAUGUUACGUUUUUCCAAUUUAUAUUUAACUGAAUUUCAUUAAAAACAUUCUUAUACUAUUAAAAAUUACAA